AUGCGAAGUUGUAUCUCAGAUGUUACUAGCAUGCUCUUGGAUAUCAUUGACACCAGGGACUCAAUGAUCUCCAUCACCAUGCGUAAGCAUCUCCAAGAGAAGUUAAAGCCUAUCUUUUCCAUGCUUCAUCACCUUGAAGGUGUUUCUGAUCAAGCCUUUAAUCCGAACCAAGGGGGAGAAAGGAUGACUGGUUGUGGAUCAAGAAAGGAGAAUAUGGCUGGUCGAUCAAGAAAGGUAGAACCAAAAGCGCCUAAAGCUCCUGUCAAGCCAAUUGUCAAGCCGGAACCGAAAGACAAGGAAACUCUGCUUCAUGAUGAACUACUCAUUGACAAUGAUAGCAUAGAAGAAAUUACUGAAGAAGAACUGAAAAGGCAAAAACUUCGUGCAGCUGAAAUGGAUGAGCAUUAG